CACAGACGAUAAAACCAAGCUAGAUGCAAAAGAAAACCCAACGCCAGUAUCAUAUGAUGCAUAUCUUUGAAAAUAUCCCAUGGUUGACGGUUUUGGCAAUUGUUGCUAAAUGUAGCACAAACGGACAAGAAAACGAGUUAAGCGCCAACGUUACAGGGUCGUCAAGUAAUAAAAGUAACCUGAUGGUAUAUAUUUUGGAUCAAUUAUACGUCAUGAAAUCGAAAGUACAACAAUUGGAAAAAGAGGGAAAGGAAACGAAGACAGCCCUUACAUCAUGUGUACGGCGGAUACAAGUUAUAGAAAACCGCAAAGAAAUUAAAUGUGAAGCGGGUACUGUAAAACACUUCGAAUACCCGGCAGGAAAAUGGCCGGAUUCCCGAAGGAUAGAUUUUAGAUCUCCGUUUAGUGAAACUCCAACCUUAACCUACGGUUUAUAUUUUCUCGAUUCUUACUAUGGAAAAAAUCUUCGGAUUGAUACAGUUGUGACCAGUUUAUCAAGAACUGGAUUUCAGUUGACAUUACGCUCAUGGGCCAACACUGUUUUGUAUGGUGCCUAUGUCAGUUGGAUGGCAUGUGGGAAAUGAAUUUCAAAGUGAUUAAGAGGUUGAUCAUAAUGAGUGAAAAUUAUAUGGAAAUAAAAAGUAGAUAUUGCUUAUUAAUUUCUAAUUAUGCACCGUCUGCAGUCUAAAAAUUUUGUUUGAAAUAUAUUUUGUCAUUUGUUAAAAAUAUUCACCAUGGGGAAAUAUGCGGUAUUAAUAAAGUUGAUAUACAUACAAUUAGUAUCUAAAAGUACUAUGAAACACUAGACUUCAUUGUAACUCUUUCUGACAUCUGUAAAAUCAUUGGCAUGUAUUCUUUAUGAAAUAUAUAAAUAUUUACAUUCUACUGUGUUUUCCCAUUAAAUUCGAUGAUCAUUAAAUGCCUCUAAAUGCAACAACCUAAUCACUGUGUGUAAGAUUACAUGUAAUUAACAUAUUAAGUAGUUCCCAAUCAUUGAUUUUUACAUUAUCGGUAUACAGAUAUAUUUCAUAUUUGUUGCUAAAACACCAUGCAUUACAAAUAUUCAACAGUAAAGUUGAUUCUAUUGCUAAAAACAAAAGUUUAAGAGUUAUUUUUCAUGGAUUAUAUUUUCAAGCUCGUUUCAACAGUCUAUGUGAUAACCAAAUUACAUGUAAAUCAGUUUUGGAAAACAGCUGUUCUUGCUGUAACUAUAGUUCACUCCCUACGUAGACAGGACUUUAUACCGAUUUAUUUAAUAAAAUAUUUGAUUUUAUCAAUAAGGGAUUAUAAAGAUAAGCAUUAAGGGCAUUAUUUUCGGGUGUUACCCCAUUACGGAUUAGGAUUUUAAUGAUCGGCGGAUAGGUUUUUUUUCCUUGUCAAGAUUUCAGAUGAGUCUGCUCCCCAAAUUGUUUUUAAAACUAGUACCUGAAUCAGAAACACAUAAACCAUACUUCAUUACAACUUCCAUUAUAGUGAAUUAAAGGAAUUAAAAUAAGUUAAUUGUACCGAUAUUUCAAACUUGUUGGCUCAAUUCAUACAUGGAACAUUUAAAUAAUAUUUCUAUCUAUUAAGUGUUUCGUAGUAGUUGAUUUCUCAUCUAAAACUAGUAUAUUCAUUAAAAAUGAAAGACUUGUAUUAUUAUUAUUACAUGCGUUUGAGCAUUCAAUUCGUGCUUUAUUAUUGCAUCCAUCACAAGCAUUUGCAGCAUUUCAAAAUCAAUAUUAACUGGGCCAAUAUUUUUCUGUCAUUGUAGAAUUGAGAUUAAAAUACAUUAAAAAACAGUCGAUUAGACUUAAAACUUAUUUUAUGACAUCACGUUAGCUGCUGUUCUGUUCUUUUGCUGGACAUUUAAUUGACAUGGUUUGACCAAGAAUUUGGCCGUAGAUAAUUAAAUAUUGUUAAAUAAAUCAAACAAUUGUGGUUACAUCAUAUUUCACCGAACUAUGUCAAUUUGCCUUGCAGCUGAGCAGUACUGCAGUUACCAAAAGAGGUUUAAUCCUUGGUAUCAUAGGCACUAUAUAAUAACAUUCUUUAAGAUACUGAAAUAGACUGUUUGGAGUAUAGAACAGUUUAAGGAAGCUUGCACUUCAAAAGAUUAUUUUAUUAUAUUUAAUAAAUCAUAUCACAGACACUUAACAUAUCAUGCCACAUUAUGUAAUGUAAAAGAAAACAAAUGAAUAUUCAAAGCUAAAUAAUAAAAUAGGAUUUAAAACCUUUGAUUCUUAAUAUUAAAGAGCAUUAUCAACAGAUUUGUAUAAUUUAUACAAAAAACUAAUAAGAAUUCAUGCAUUUCCCCCAACCCAACAAACUAUUAAAACAUAUUUAGAACAAUAUUUCAGUAAAAUUUAAUAACUGCAUAUCGGUAACUUUGUCACAAAUGUCUGUUCAAAAUUCUGACUCUUUAUGGACAGCCCCAGCUGUAGUUUGACAAGCGUCUGUCGCGAAACACGGAACGAAGACACUUUUCUCUGUUGAAUAUUCUUUAUGGCUAGAAAAUUGACCAUUUUCAGAGUUGUUGCCCUUUCUAUCACAUUCACGCGCAUUCAACGAUUCAACUUUGAAAUAACUGAGUGAUGCCAAAUACUUGUAUCCACAAUAAUAUUACUCAUAAUUAAAUGCAAUGUUA